AUGCCCAACACGACCCACACGAUCGCUGUCACUAGCGUGACCGGCAACCUCGGUGCGCUGGCUGUUGAGAAGCUGCUGGCGCGCGGUCAGCCGGCGUCCCAGAUUGUCGGCCUGGCUCGCACGCCAUCCAAGGCCGCUGCGCUUCGGGCCAAGGGCGUCACGAUUCGCGCCUUUGACUUUGAGCAGCCCGCGACCAGUGCCCUCGUGGGCGUGGACUUUCUGUUGCUCGUCUCAUCCAGCGAGGUCGGCAAGCGCGCGGCGCAACACCAGCACGUCAUUGACGCGGCCAAGUGGGCGGGUGUGAAGCUGAUCGCUUACACCUCGCUGCUCCACACCGACACGUCGGCCCUGACUGUGCUGCCGGCGGAGCACAACGCGACCGAGGCUGCACUCAAGGCCAGCGGCGUGCCCCACGUGCUGCUACGCAACGGCUGGUACAACGAGAACUAUGAGAGCUCGAUUGGCGGUGCUGUGGCGCAGGGCAAGCUAAUGGGUGCUUCCGCCAAGGGCAAAAUUGCGUCAGCGUCCCGCGCCAACUAUGCAGAUGCGGCAGCUGCCGUAUUGCUGGCCGAUGAUGCAGUCGCACAGCACGCCGGCAAGACGUACGAGCUGGCUGGUGAUGAGGCAUACACGCUGGCUGAGCUGGCGGCUGAAGUGCAGAAGCAGAGCGGCAAGACGGUCGAGUACGUGCCCCUUGAUCGUGAUGCCUACAAGGCAGCCCUCGAAUCCAUCGGCCUGCCCGAGCCGAUUGCUGAGAUGCUUGCCGACUCGGACAACGGUGCGGCCCAGGGUGGCCUGUUUGAUAACAGCAAGACGCUGAGCGCGCUAACAGGCAAGCCAACCACGCCCAUCGCCGAGACGGUAGCUGCGAUGCUCAAGCAAUGA